UUUGAGCCUAUAGGUGUUCCGAAUGUAAAAGUGCGUGGUAUUGCACGAGAGUAUGCCAGGCUGCAGACUGGAAACGUCACAAGCCGGAUUGCAAACGCAAAUGUACGGAACAAAAAUCAACGAAGAUAGUGUCAGAUAAGAAUGUUGAUGCCCCAAAUAUUGACACAUUGUCUAUAAAUGAACCGAAAUCAUCUGAUGAAACGAAAGAAAUCGUUGUAAAGAAUGUUAAUACUGAUAUGUUUUUAGCCAGUGAAUAUGACAAAGAAACAAGCAUGCAGGAGAAAUGCGGAAAUGCCAAACGGAAACAUACCAGUAAACUACACUCGGAAUCUUCAGAAAGUUCGAGUAACUGCAAGUUGGAUACUGCGAACAGUUUUAAGAAUACAAAAUCUGGAAAUUGCAACCGAUGCAAUAUCAUGGGCUGUACGCAACAAUGUUCUAGAUGUAGAUCAAUAUUCUAUUGCUCAAAACCCUGCCAGAAAGAAGAUUGGACUGUUCAUAAAAAGUCAUGCAAAAAGGAAUACACAGAGGAGGAAAAACGAAUAAUCGAGGAACGUCUUAAGAGAAAGAAACAGCAAGCAAUUGAUCUACAGAAAAUGGAAGAAAAACGAUUUGUUACACUAUUUGACUCAUUUAGUGGAGGCAAUCAACGGUUUCUAAAAACCCUUAGUCCAGAAAAAGCACUCUUGACAGCAUCUAGGCCACAUGGUUCGCUUCAGAAAGCAAUUGAGUUUGCAAAGACGUGGUUCCCUGACUUCAAAGUUUUAACAAGGUUUGUUAACGUACCCAGAGAACCAAUGAAUCCAUUUGAACUGAUUAUGAUGGAGUCUCUAAAUAUGCAAAAAUGCCUCCUGGUCGCGUUUAUGUACAGGUAUCACGAGCAUGUCAUGCGACACGGAGCAUAUCUGAAGGAUGAUAUUGACAGCGAAAGCAAAGUUGAAUUCUAUCUGGACCAUGUCGGAGAUAACCCCGCCCCUUUCUUUUCUUAUUCGAUGGUGAAACCGGGUAAUUUUAUAUGCAUAUUGAAACCACUUGUUCACGGGUUUAUGGACGGGACAAUAGGGUUUAAAAUUGAAGACCCGUCCAAUGUGUAUAUUAUUGAAAAAGACAUACUUGUGCAAGACAAUCUGUUGUAAAAAGUCGAUCUGGUUAUUGGUGUUUCUGUUUAUUUAUGUCGCUUGUGCAUUUUUGUUACCGUCAUUGACUUAAAUAUAGUUCUACAGUGUCAUUGGCCAUUUAAUGUAGAUUUUUUACAUUUACCGAUAUCUUACAAUGCAUACAGUUUGCUUUUAAUAACCCCCAAAUACAAAAACACAUACCGGUUUUACUGUUUGGGGUUUAAAGUUGCCCUUCGUCCGUUAAUUCAUUUGUCGCAAAUUAAACAGGACCUUGCAAUUGCUUAUAAAAUACUAAUAAUGGGAUGAACGUGUGUUUAUGUAUACUGACUACUGGGAUUUUUAUUUGAGGAUUAUGUUCAAUCAUGUUGUUUUUACACUAUAUUUAUUUGACUUAACUAAUCAAAACAUUAUAAGAAAAAUCAUCAUGGACCUUUGGACACGCAUUAAACGUUUGGUUAACCAUGCACCUGUUCGUCAGACGUUUUCUCUCAACGUGUGUUUGUAUAUCUGUAUGUUCAUUUAUUUCUGUUACUAAAGAAGCUCAAAUUGACUUUAUAUGUUAAUACUUCAAAGCAGUUCAUGACAUAUCAUGAUCCCUAGGGGACUAAUGUAUGCUGUCAAGGCAUUUCUUUGUAUACUGUUAACGCACUGUUACACGUUUGACAUUAUUAAAGAUGUGAACGAACCCUGGACUGAAACCGAUGUCUCAAUGCCUAACGUUCAUUCUUUGUUUGAAAUGUUGUCCUUUUUUGUCAUCUAUUUAAAUAUAUUGUUUAGUGUAAGCAUUAUGCUUAGCCAAAAAUCAUAACGUAUUGUGAUAAUUAUCAGAUUUUCUCCAUUAGUUAUACCACUGUAAGGGAAGUGAUUGCAAUUUAAAUAAUAAUUGCACUAUA